UGACAUAUGGGCAUCAUUAAAUGGAAAAUACCUCAAACUUGAGCUAGAAUUUGCAGAUCUACAUAAAGGCUCUACUGGAACUGCAGGCAAAGCAUUAGGUCACUGUUAAGUGUAAUCUAAUAGUUUGCUGUUAACAUAAAAUGGGUUUGCAAGGCACUGGCUUUCUCCUUCAGUGUUACCUGAUGCUGGCUGCAGCCAUGUUUUUUCAUCUUGGAGUGCAGGAGGAGAAAUGCAUCAUUGAGGAGAUUCCUGAAGACACACUAGUGACCGGGUUUUUUCUUUUGGAGCCUUGGGAUAUGAACGCGUUAUCAAAAUUACCUCAACUUGGCCUCACUGUGACAGUAAAAGAUUCAAACAGUGAGAUUGUAUUGUCCAAGCGCUAUGGGAAAUUUGGGAAAUUCACCUUCACAGCUCACACCUCUGGUCAGCAUCUUCUUUGCUUUAAAACAAACUCGACAAGUUUUUCUGUCUUUGCCCGUGAACGUCUGAAGCUACAUUUGGAUGUACAAAUGGGAGAGUUCACAGUUGGCCACAAUACUGAUAGGACCAAGGACAGCAUGGAGGCCCUGGAGAACAGUCUUAGACACCUGACGGAGCAGAUGAUUCACAUUACCAGGCAGCAGGAGUUCCAGAGGGAGAAGGAGGAGGUAUUUCGUCAGAUCAGUGAGAACACCAACAGCAAAGUGUUGUGGUGGGCUACAGUGCAGACCUCCAUUCUGCUGGUGGUUGGUUUCUGGCAGAUGAAAAGACUCAAAGACUUCUUCAUCGAGAAGAAACUGGUCUGAUGAAGAGCUUUGACCAGCCUCAUUGUUUUUACUUUUAUUUCACAUACCUGUACCAGUGAAGUUUGAGUGCUCUAGGGCUGUAACGCUUUAUAAAAAGGCCAGUUUUUACCAAACAGCUGGUGCGAUGCUCGAGAGUAUGGUGUUUAAGACUAUUGUAUAUACAGUUGUGGUGAGAAGUACAUACAUCCAUCAUGGGCAUGAAGUUGUGGUAAUCUGGAGUUUUAAUGAUUUCUUUGAACUAUUGGUUGGAAUGAAUGUACAGCACACAUUUUUAAUGAUUAUAAUCAAAAAUUGGGUCUAUUUGGGAUUUUCUUUAAUACAGUCAGGGUCACAAAUAUACAUGUUGGAUCAAAUAUAUACAUUCACUCCUAAUAAUAUUUGCACGCUGACUAGAUGCUCUUUGUAGCCAUGAAGGUAUCAUUUUGGCUGGAUAUUUUACCACUCUUCUUGGCAGAAUUGGUAGACUUCUUGUAAACUGACUGCUUUCUUGGCAAAGAUUAAACUUUUAGGCAUAGUUCACAAAUUUUCAAUAAUGUUGUGGUCAGGGCUUUGGGAAGGCCAUUCGAGAGACCUAAUAUUAGCCUGCUUUAUCAAUUCCAAAACCAGUUUUAAUGUGUUUGGGAUCAGUGUCCUGUUCUAACACCCAACUGUGUCCAAAUUUCAGCCAUCUAGUUGCUGAUUUGAGGUGAAGCUGAAGAAUUUGGAGGUAGUCCUUCUUUAUUAUUUCAUCCACUUUGUGCAGGGCUGGGCAACUCCACGCCUCAACGGCUGGUGUCCUGCAGGUUUUAGAUAUCACCCUGGGUCAACACACCUGAAUCAAAUGAUUUUCAUUACCAGUUUUCAUUUCAGUUCAUUACCAGGCCUCUGGAUAACUUUAAGACAUGUUGAAGAGGUAAUUUAGCCAUUUAAAUCAGCUGGGUUGGAUCAAGGGCAAAUCAAAAACCUGCAGGACAUUGCCCCUUGAGGCCUGGAGUUGCCCACCCUUGACUUUGUGCAAUGUACCAGUACCACUGACAGCAAAACAGACCCAGAACAUGAUGCUACCACCAUCAUGCUUGUUAGCUGGUAGUGUUCUUAGGUUUGAAAGCUUCAUCCAUACUCAUCUGAAUAUAUCUAUUGUCAUUAUUGGCCACAUCUGACUAUGAAACAUUUCACCAGAAGGCAUGUCCAUGUGGGUAGCUGCAACUUUAAGUCAAAAUUAAAGUUUAUAUUCAGAGCUUCUUUCCUGGUUGGCAUUCUCUCAAUGCAUGGCGAUGUAAAACCCGCUUCACUGUUUACAGUGACACUAGUCUUCCAGCAGUUUCCAGUUCGUGGCAGGCUUGAUCCUCAUUCCCCCAGUUGUUCCUGAACAACCUAACCAAUUUCCUUUCAUGACAUAUUGUGUCUUCUGUCAGAGUGAAAAAGUGGUGAAACACCCAAAUAACAUGUGUGCAAUUGUUUGUACUGAUGAUCUUGGAAACUACAGUUGUUUAGAAAUCAUUUCCAAAGAUCUUCCCAACUUGUGUAAAUCUACAAUUCUCCUGUUUAAAUCUGAGUUCCUUGGACUUUCUCAUUGCUCUGAGUAUUGGUCAAUCUAAUCAGUGGUGUCAAUCAAAUCUUUUUUAUGCUAAAAAAGAGAAACUAGCAGUUGUAGUUAAUCAUGAUCACAAAAGUUAACUGACCUUGGUUUUGUCAAGUUAAAAUACAGCAUAAAAACAUUUAGCACCGCUUAUUAAAGGACUUAAGUGAAUGUGGACAUAUAUUUGAGCCUUCAUGUUUUCUUUUGAUGCCGUGGAUUCCAGAAAAUCCUAAAUAAAUAAAUAAAACCAAGAUUUGGGUGCAUAGAGCUAGAAAGUAUAUAGAGAUGUGUGCUUUUCACUCUGGAAAAAGAACA